AUGAACGUCAUGCACACCGCUAAGAUCACCGCGCGCGUCUCCGCGACGCGCGCGCGGUCGAGCGCGCCCGCGCGCGCGCCAAUCGCGAAACGCGCGGCGUCCACGACGACGCGAGUGUACUCGCCACCGAACGGGAGCAUCGACUUCGGGAGCGUGGACGAGAUCAGCGGCAGCGUGGACGCGGACCAGGACCUCCGCGCGGCGAUGGUCGAGCGCGACACCGCGGAGACGCUGCGACGCACGAUCGCGGCCAUGGGCGGCGCGCCCGUGCAAGACCCCGCGGCGUUCAUCAGCACGCCCGAGCAGCGCCUGCAGACGUCGAUCCUCUUCGGCUCGUGCGCGGCGCUCUGCGCGCGCGGCGUCGUGGGCGUCCACGAGAAUAUUCUCGCGUCGGGCGGCGGCGACGAUCCGCUCGCGUACGCCUCCCUCCUCGCCGCCGCGGUCGGGGCGUGGUGGCUCUCCGACCUCGGCACGGGCAUCUUCCACUGGAGCGUGGACAACUACGGCAGUAAGCAGACGCCGGUGAUGGGCGACGUCAUCGACGCGUUCCAGGGCCAUCACAAGUACCCGUGGACGAUCACGAAGCGGCAGUUCGCCAACAACACGCACACGACGUGCCCGGCGACGAGCUGCGUGACCAUCCCGCUGCUGCUGACGCCCGAUUUGGGUCCGAACGCGUGCGUGUUCAUGGGUGUCUUCUGCAGCAUGGUCGUGCUGUCGCAGCAGUUCCACGCGUGGUCGCACGCGAAGAAGUCCGAGCUCCCGGCGCUGGUGAUAGCGGCGCAAGACGCCGGGUUGGUCAUCUCUCGCAAGGCGCACGGGCAGCACCACAAGCCGCCGUUCGAGGGGAGGUACUGCAUCGUGUCGGGGUGGUGGAACGACGCGCUGGACGGGAGCGGGGUUUUGAAGCGCGCAGAGCGGUUCAUAUACGACACCACCGGAGUCGCCGCGCGGUGCUGGACGGAGGCGACGUUCAACGUCCAGGAGGAAGCGCCCGAGGGGUGGGGGAACGACAUCAUUCGUUGA